ACAACCUCUGCUGUGAGGUGCCACAGACAUCGUGCGCAAAGCAACCCCGACGCAGCGAUGCGCUUAAACUCUUUGUUGAUCUACGCAUUUUGUGUGUGUGUUGCCAAUGGAGGGAUCCCUCAUGAUGCCAUACACUGGACAUACACAGAGGGAGCUUUGGACCAGAUGCACUGGCCAACCAAGUAUCCAGCAUGCGGGGGUAAGAAACAGUCCCCGAUUGACAUCCAGAGACGCAGCGUGAGACACAACCCAGACAUCUUACAGCUGGAGCUCAGUGGAUAUGACGCUCAGAGAGGGACCUUCCUCAUGUCCAACAAUGGGCACUCAGUCCAAAUCGACCUGCCCCCCACCAUGAAGAUCACAAAGGGCCUACCAGGAAAAUACACAGCUGUUCAGAUGCAUCUACACUGGGGUGGCUGGGACCUCGAGGCGAGCGGGGCAGAGCACACCAUUGACGGCAUCCGCUACAUGGCAGAGCUCCAUGUCGUCCAUUACAAUUCGGACAAGUACAAGAGCUUCACUGAGGCCAGAGAUAAAUCAGACGGGCUGGCAGUACUCGCCUUUUUCUAUGACGAUGGUCAUUUUGAGAACACCUACUACAGUGAUUUCAUCUCCAACCUGGCCAAAAUCAAAUAUGCAGGUCAGUCCAUGAACAUUUCAAGCCUGGACGUGCGCUCCAUGCUCCCCGAGAACAUGAACCAUUUCUUCAGGUACCAGGGCUCCCUCACAACUCCCCCCUGCUAUGAGAGCAUCUUGUGGACGGUGUUCGAUACCCCCAUUACUCUUUCACACAACCAGAUCAGGAAACUGGAGAGCACACUGAUGGACAUAGACAACAAGACCCUGUGGAAUGACUAUCGCAUCGCUCAGCCCCUUAACGACCGAGUGGUGGAGUCGUCUUUCUUGCCGCGGCUUGGGAAAGGAACGUUCUGCCGACAAGACGAAAUAGAAUCAAAGCUGCUUAAAAUCGAAGGCCUGAUAACCUCCCUUGGAAAGAACGUCUACUCAGGAGGUGGACCACAACACUCACGGCCAAGCAAACAUGAACCUCAAGCUUUGUUCCCGCUGGUGCUCAACUUCCAGCGGGAGAAUUCUGGCAGUUAUGUAAAAGCCCACCUGGGGCAUCCGAUGGAGCUGGACUCCUUCACCGUCUGCAUGCACGUGUUGCCUGAAGUGGAGGGCGCGCACACGGUCAUCUCGUACUCCAGCAACAAUGAGCAACACAAUGAGCUGCUGAUCUCCAUCAGUGAGGACAGAGAUGGCAAGGAGGUAGGCCUCUGGAUUGGCAACGAGUUUGUCAAUUUGCCGUUCAACUUCAAGUCCCAAAAUUGGGCCAACUACUGCAUCACAUGGUCGUCCCGCACUGGCGGUGCGGAGCUGUGGAUCAACGGCAUGGUGGGGGAGCGGCGCUACCUAAAAAGUGGCUAUACCAUUCGCACUGGGGGUGUGUUCAUCCUGGGAAAUGACCAAGACGGAAUGCUGGGUAUUUCCAACAUGGACGCCUUUGUGGGGAAGAUGACGGAUGUGAAUGUGUGGGACUAUACGCUAAGCACGGCAAACAUUCGGGACCAAAUGUCAUGUGAGAAGAACAUCACCGCACAGGGAAAUGUGUUCAGCUGGGGGACCACCAAACUUAGUCUGUAUGGGGGUGUGCAGCUGGAGAGUCAAUACAGAUGCUCCUGAAAAACACUUCUGCUGCUUAAUACGCUGCAACAUUGGUGAUGCUCAGGCUUUAAAACAUGCAUUGCAAUAUACAAGCGGUACAGUCUUGCAAUAUUUAAUGUAAGCUUCAGCAAUAUACUGUACAAAUAAAGGAACAUUCAUGCUUCUACCAACCAUCAC